AGCCGGGAUCUCAGCAGACGCGCCGCCGACACCAGCCGCUCCGCACGGGGCAGCUCUGAUUGUAACCCCUGCCUAUCCCCAUUUCCCCUCUCCCUCCUCCCUCCUUCGCUCUUGCUUCCCCGAGGACGAGAGCGGGUACACACAAGCUCCGGUCCAGUCAACAGUACCCAUCCAGAGCCCAGCGGAGAACCGAGGCAGAGGAACAAAAGGAAGCCAAGGAGUCCGCUGAUGUCCACGCGACCACCGGCUCGUUGCAUGGACCUGAAUGGAGACGCGGUCAUGGUCCACGACCAGGUGAAAGUGGAAGAGGUGGAGGAAGAACGGACCUGUUACGGACCCCACGUUGCCUCGUUCCCCAACAAGCCUCAUCCUGAGGGGCUCCAGGCCAAAGCGGCCGCGGGGAGAGAGAACCACGACCUGGAGAGGUUGGGCUUCGUGAAGCCAACACACGCUUCAUCCUCACCGAGAGACGAUGGCCACCAGGACCACAGUACGUUCACCAUUGCAUUAAGCAACCUGGAGAGAAUGGAUUUCACCAAGAAUUUAACAGAGGUUAUGCCAAAUAUUGAGAAGUUACUGUCCAACGACUGGAAAGACAAGUUGCUGGAAAAGUGUUCACUGAACAGCAAAGAUAUCAAAGGAACGGCAGAGAGUCUGGCGGAGAAGGAGCUGCAGCUGCUGGUGAUGAUAAACCAGCUGUCUAGCCUCCGGGAGCAACUACUGACGGCUCACGCUGAGCAGAAGAACAUGGCAGCCAUGUUGUUUGAGAAGCAGCAGCAGCAAAUGGAACUAGCCAGGCAGCAGCAAGAGCAGAUCGCCAGGCAACAGCAGCAACUCAUCCAACAGCAGCACAAGAUUAACCUUCUCCAGCAGCAGAUUCAGCAAGUUAACCUGCCUUUUGUGAUGAUCCCAGCCUUCCCUCAUAGUCCUCAGCCUCUCCCUGUCACCAGUGAUCCCCAGAUGGGUCUCCCAAUGCAGCCAGGGCUUUCCUGUAAGCCAGGUGACUAUAACAUGCAGUUGUUGCCAACUCCCCCUGGAGCCAGGAGGACGCCAGGGCCGAGCCCUGCACACUCUCAGGAGGAAGCAUCCCAGCCACUGAAUCUGACCGCCAAGUCUAAAGGAGGAGACGUUUCAAAGUCUCCGUCACCUCCACAGGCUAAACACAGGAGAGGUCCCUCACCUUCCAACUUCGCAGUCGCAUCGGAGCUGCAACCGAGCACACCGUCAUCCUUGUUAACCAGAGAAAUGAUAAGUAAAGAAGUUUUCUGGAGGAUUCACUGGGGUUAUCCGGUGGAGCAGGAUACAGUCGGGAAGGCCACACAGAGUCCAAAGCAGAUCUUUCUUGGGAAGAGUCGGGCAAUGGAAAGCCCUGGUGCAAACAAUGGCAGGAAGGAAAAGGACUCGAGGGUAACGGAGUCUCCACACGCAAAGCAAGGAGAUGACGGCAGAGCAGCAAGUGGAAAUGAGGACUUCAAUAUAGGCAACGACUCUGAAGGAAAUUUGGCUCUUCCCGGGGCAAAAGGCUAUGAAUCCAGAGGCAGCAAUCACGAGCACAUCAAGCGACCUAUGAAUGCUUUCAUGGUAUGGGCAAAGGAUGAGCGAAGGAAGAUUCUUCAGACUUACCCUGACAUGCACAACUCCAGCAUCAGCAAGAUACUGGGCUCACGCUGGAAGGCAAUGUCAAAUAUUGAGAAGCAACCCUACUACGAGGAGCAGGCAAGGCUGAGUCGUCAGCACCUGGAGAAGUAUCCAGACUACAAGUACAAGCCUCGGCCAAAGCGGACCUGCAUCGUGGACGGGAAGAGACUGAGAGUCGGGGAAUACAAAGCACUGAUGAAGUACAGACGGCAGGAAGUGCAACAGUGUUACUCUGUCGGGCAGCAAGACCAAGUUCACCUUCACCCCUCAGAGGUGAUGUACGCCGGACAGCUCGGGAUGGGCUCCGUCCCGCUACAGCAGGCAGUGUCGGAACAGUACCGGCCCUGCAGCCCCGACCCCAGCAUGCCUGUGAUCCUGAACACGCGGAGCCUCAAGUCAGAGCAGGCGGACAUGAAGGAAGCGCAGCUCUCCGAAGCCAACGGGGAGAUGUACGAGUACGGCGAGGAGGACGAUUCCGAUGUGGAAUAUCGCAGUGAUGGCGAGCAUGUCGUGCUGACCGACUAAUGGCAGCCAUCACUCUGUCAGUGAACGAUUUGAACCCUUUCCAGCAAUAGCUGGGCCAGUGUGUUUCUCCUGUCCUCCCCUGGCUGAGCAGAGCAGCCUGGGAAGGUCUUACUGAUCAGAUCUGGGAAUGGAGGGCAGAUUGGGGCAUUGAGUGGGGAGGAGGCCAUUAAUCUGCCCUCAGGUUCAUCGCAAAUAUGCUCACUUCAUGGAGCUUUGAAGGACACCACGAUGGAAGGCAGAGGUCAGUGAGCUAGGAUGUUGUGAGUGCAGUCAGGACAGACGAAACAUCUCCUGUAUACGAAUACUCGGGUCUCCCGUCUACUCCUUUGUUUCAGUCCAGGACUUGAAGUUCACACAGCCCAGUUAAUUGAUGAUUUGUAGGACUUUCCCCAACAACAGAGUCCAGUCCCAUGACAAGAGGGCACCACACCCACCGUGUCUUUGAAAGCCCUUGCAAUGAGCUUUCCAGUUGCUCCUUUCCCCAGAGGCUUAGGACUUAUUCCUUUGCAAAUAUAUAUCCAGAUAUCCCAAACCCGGCUCCACUACUUACUGUGGAUGAGCUGGGCAACUCUAUUCUAUCAAGGCUGGCUGCAAAGUGAUCCAUGAUCCCAGUCCUUUCACUGGCAUCCAGCUUGACCAUGGUUGUUGUUCUAUGAACCAUUCUCCCCACCCCUACUCCGACCUUAGUUUCUGUCAAGUGCACGCCCAAGGGAGACAGUGGAACAUACUUCCACAGAGCUAGUGUGGACACAGCUGCCCUGUCACCGGAGCAUUAACAUCCAACAUAAGCAGAAGAGAUUCUGCAGAUGCUGGCAAUCCAGAGCAAUGCUCACACACACACACAAGAUGCUGCAGGAGCUGAGCAGAUCAGGCAGCACCAAUGGAGAGGAAUAAACAGUCGACGUCUCCAGGCCGAGACUCUUCAACAGGACAUCUUAUCUUCCAAUUUGCGGUUACGCCUGUGAGACCGAAGUACAACUUCCUUUAGCUGCUUUUCUGGACGAGACCGUGCCCACAGCCAUGGUCAUUUUCUACAUCUCCACUCGUGUCAUGGACCCGUCGAGUCGUGCACCUUCCACCCAUCUCAUUCAUGCUGACUGUGUCGCUCUGUGAGAUAAUCCUAUCUGCCCACAUUUGGCCCAGGGCCCUCUAAACCUCUCCUGUCCAGGAACUUUUAAGUACAUGGCUUUUAAGUGCUGCUCAUGUGCCCACCUCAACCACUGUUUCUGGCAGCUCACUCCAGCCUUUACGUGAAGUGGUUGACACUGACGUCCCUUUUAGACCUCUUGCCUCUGAUCUUAAACCUAUGCUUUCUUGUUUUUAACACCAGCUCCCUGGGAAAUAGACUAUAUGCCUUCACCCUGUCUCAUGAUCUUAUAUACCUCUAUCAGGUCACCCCCCCACCCCCAUCUCCUCCAUUCAAGGGGAUGAAGUCCUAGUAUAUGUAGCCUCUCCUUGUAGCUCAGGUUCCCAUUGUCCAGGCAACAUCUUGGUAAGAGUCAAAUCCAAUUAGAGCUCUCAUAUGCUGGCAGAUUCAAAUCCUCCCACCAUUUCCCCCUCCCCCUCUGUUUUCCUAGCAGCCUUUUUAUCCUUAUUGUUGUACUUUCAUGGGGAUUGUAGCCUGAUACUGGACCGUCUCUACAGUUGUAGAUGGAAUGGAUUGCUCUAGUUUUAUAGUUGACACCCUGUCCCUGCCAGCCAGUCAAGUUGGAAUGAGCUGCUCUCUUGGUCACGCGGUGCAAGAGAAAGCUGGCCUGAUUGGAUGGGAAAGAUUCCCACUGCAUGCUGGACACAGACACUCCUCAAAUACUGCUGUUCCCUCAGGUACUCAAUGGUAUGUUUUGAAAAAAAAAGAUGUCAAUAUUUGUAUAAAGAGUUAAAAAAAAAUGUAAGAUUGCGACCUGUUUACUGUGUGUUUGUGUGUAUGUGUGCGUGCAUGCGCGAGUAUAUUUUCUAACUGCAAGGGCAUUCUUCAGUUUCUCCUCCUCCAGAUCUCAGCUGAGAAAUGGCUGUCAAUACAGGGCUUUAAUUUAUUUUGUUUCCAGGGUCUAUUAAACGCUUCUGCCCUGGUCAUUCUGUUUCCAUUCAGUCCAAGAGAGCUUGGUGUGGGGGUAUUCAGAGACCUUUGACUCACGUUAAAGGACCCUCUACCUAAGCUACAGCAACUUUGAGAGAGGUUUUUCUAAAUUGUAUUUGCUGUAAUCUUUAUACUUUCUACUUUUCUCUUUACUCUAAUUAGAUAAUGCUUUCCAGAGAAUGGGGAGGUAGCAUAAACACAUUGGUGUUUGGAGCAACACACACAAAAUGCUGGAGGAACUCAGCAGGCCGGGCAGCAUCCGUGGAAAAGAGUCAACAGUCGACAUUUCAGCCCAAGACCGGUCCUGAUGAAGGGUCUCGGCCCGAAAUGUCAACUGUUUACUCUUUUCCACAGAUGUUGCCCGGCCUCCUGAGUUCUUCCAGCAUUUUGUGUGUGUUGCUGGGAUUUCCAGCAUCUGCAGAGUUUCUCUUGUUGGUGUUUGGAGGCUGGCUGUCAAACUGUGUUUCAUGAUGUUCCUGUAAAGCAGGCUUUGAAGGUGUGUUACUGCAAAAGCUUCUGCCGCCAGGCUGUUGUAAAUUGACAUCAGUAACACUUGGGAAUGGUGGAUACUCUGAUCACAGACUGGCAAGUCGACGCAUUGAUCUCAGACAUGCUAAGGAUGGCCUGCAGACACUUGGGGCAAUGUGACUUUUCUAUACUCAUCUAUCUAUCUAUCUCCAUCUCUCUCUCUAUCUGUAUCUCUAUCACACUCUGCCUCUCGCUAUCUCUCUCUCUUUAUCUUUCUCUAUCUCUAUCACACUCUGCCUCUCUCUCUAUCUGUAUCACACUCUUCCUCUAUCUCUAUCUCUCUGUCACACUCUGCCUCUCUCCUUCCCCACACCAGUGACCUGUGGAAACCUGAUCAAUAUUCUUUCUGUUUCUGUAGCAUCAACUUUCUUCUGUCUGUGUGUGUGUGUGUGUGUGUGUGUGUUUGCAUGCUUCCUCUGCCCUGAGCAAAUUGUGUGCAAUUGUGUUGUAUAGACCAGUCAAUGCAAGUUGUUGCAGAAUAAUGUUACAAAGAAAUUAAACUUGUAAUACUUUUUUUAAAAUCAACUUUUUUCAGUGUUUUUAGUUUCUGUUAAUUUGGGAGGGAGGAAAGAUUGGAAGCCAGUUGUGAAAUACAGUUCCCUUAGCGUGAAGUUUUACCUCCUUUUGAGAUUUUGAGUUUGGAGUGACGGAUCAAGAUUUUCUGUUACAUGGCGUGAGACCUUAUCAAACUUUUAAUUUAAGUGUACGUUUGUUCUCUUUGUGACCUGCUCCACAUGGGUCUUCACAAAUGCUUGUACGUAGAUCGUACUGAAUUCAUUACCAAAAGCUGUUGUGGCAUGACAGCAUUUUGUUUAAGAUGAAAAUUGGAUAUAAAAAAUUGACAAUGUGAAUCUGUUUUGAUUUAUACAGUGUAAUAUAUGACCAUGCUUCUGUUAACGAGAGAAGAGAUCUCCCAUUAGGGGUGGUUUAAAUUUAUUAGUACAUUCAAAAUAAAGUAGAAAAUGACAACUACUUGUUCCCUUUGAGUUUUAUUUCCUGACUUCAGUUGCAAAACUA